CAUGUGAGGUAAUGUCAUUUUUUACAUAAACUAAUAUGUCAUCAGACUUCCAUUUUGCAAUGGGUGGACUUCGAUUUCCCGUUCUACCAGGGGAAGAGGAAGAAUCACUGGAGUGGGCGUACACCAUGCGGCGAGAAAUGCAAGAAAUCACUACAGGCCUCUUCCUGGGACCUUAUGCGGCAGCCAUGAAAAGUAAAAAGCAGGCAUUGAAAGAUAUGCACAUCACCCACAUUGUGUGCGUUAGGCAACAGAUCGAAGCAAAUUUCAUAAAGCCGAAUUUUUCAGACGAUUUUAUUUACUUGGUACUUGACGUUGCAGACAAGCCAACUGAAAAUAUAAUAAAACAUUUUGUUCUGGCGAAAGAGUUCAUUGACAACUGUUUUAACCUUGGCGGGAGGGUGCUCGUACACGGGAAUGCCGGCAUUUCCAGAAGUGCAGCGCUGGUAAUAGCUUACGUAAUGGAGACGUACGGUCUGACAUACAGGGACGCCUUCAGAUACGUACAACAAAGAAGAUUUUGUAUAAAUCCAAAUGAAGGAUUUGUUCACCAACUCAUGGAGUAUGAAGCGAUAUACCAGGCAAGACUGAUGACUGGCUCUUUAGAAGAAGAUUCCUUAGUCUUGAACUGUGCCAGUGGAAUGUCUGGAGUGAAACGGGGACUUGAUGAUGACGAGUCUAUGGAAUAA